AUGGCUACUAGCACUAAGCUUGUAGCUUUAGGCUUUGUUGUCCUUGUCGGCAUUGGGUUCGCCGAUGCUGCAAGGAUGCUCGCUAGCUUCUCCAGUGCUUCAGGUGGUGGAGGUGGAGGUGGUGGUGGAGGCGGAGGCGGAGGCGGUGCAUCUGGUGGUAGUGGAUGGGGCGGAGGAUCUGGGUCGGGUGGAGGAGCAGGAUAUAGUGAAAGCGGUGGAGAUUGGGGUAACAGGUGGAACUUCGCCAAGGGAGCUGGUGGAGGAGGAGGAGCUGGUGGAGGAGGAGGAUCAAAUGGUGGUUCUGGUUCUGGUUCUGGAUCCGGCUCUGGCUCCGGAAGCGGUUCGAGCGGCUCGGCAUCAGCACCUAGCGGCAAUGGACAUGCCAACGCCGAUGGUAAGGGUGGUGGUGGUGGCGAAGGUGGUGGCGCAAAUGGGUCUAGCGGGUCCGGAGCUGGUUCUGGCCUUGGUAAGGGAUACGGUGAGAGUGGCAUAACUACGGCACCGGCUCCAACUGCUGGUGGAGCUGGACAGGCCGGCAGCGAUGACACUUCUGGGGGCAAUGCCAGCGGAAAUGGUAGCGGAAGCGGUGGUGGCAUAGCUAAAGGUGCCGCACAAGGUCCAAGUCUUGGGGUUGGGUCUGGUUCUGGCUCCGGGGCUGGGCAGACCGGUAGCACUCGCUCUUAUGGUUCUUAUGGUUCUGGCUAUGCUACUGGAAUCGGUGGGGGCAUGGGCAGUGGCUACGGUGCUGGCCAAAACGGCGGGACUGGCCGUGGAGGAGGAAGCGGAUCCGGAUCUGGCAGCGGUGGAUUCCAUUAA